AUGCCGCCGAUGGCACAGAAUGAAAACAAUGUUUUCAUAUACAAAGGGAGUAAUUUUCUCAAACAACGUCUGUUACUUUCGACGCUCAGUGGAAAGCCGAUUGAGGUGCGUGAAAUACGAUCCCUAGAUGAAGCCAAUCCCGGUCUGCAGGGCUAUGAAGUGAGCUUGCUGCAGCUUUUUGACAAAAUCGCAAAUGGCUCACGGACCACAAUCGACCGAACCGGUUGUUCGUUCCGUUAUCAACCCGGCCUGCUGUCCGGUGGCACGUUUCAGCACGAUUGUGACCCCGGGCGAGGAAUCGGCUACUAUCUGGAUGUUCUGCUAGCACUGGGACCGUUCUGCAAGCAACCGCUUGCGGUCACGCUAACCGGAGUGACCAACAGCCGCGAAAGCCCAUCGGUGGAUCACAUUAAAGCUUCUGCGAUGGCCACAUUGAAACGAUUUCUACUGGUCGAUGAGGGACUCGAGCUAAGCAUUUUGAAACGCGGCAUGAUGCCCGGUGGCGGCGGUGAGAUUUUGUUUCGCUGUCCGGUUCGCAAGUCGAUAAAAGCGAUCCAAUGCACUAAGCAGGCGAUGGUCAAGCGGAUACGCGGAACAGCCUACUGCUGCAAAGUGAGCCCGGCGAUGGCUAAUCGAGCAGUCGAACACGCCAAAGGCGUGAUGCUCCAAUUUUUACCCGACGUCUACAUCAACACCGAUCAGCACAAGGGCAAGCGAUCUGGUAAUAGUCCCGGCUAUGGUAUCAAUCUUAUGGCUGAAAGUACCGACGGUGCUGUCUUUUCUGCGGAGGCGCUCUGCAAGACAAUGGAUCAGCCAGGCAACCCAUCGAUACCGGAAGAUGUGGGACGCGACGCAGCGCUACGGCUGUUGGAUGAGAUUUAUCGGGGCGGUUGUGUAGAAUCCACCUUUCAGUGGCUCGUGGCCCUCUACAUGGCACUAUCGCAGAAGGAUGUGUCCAAGUUUCUCACCGGUCCGUUGUCCCAGUACACCAUUUACUUUCUUCAGCAUUUGCGCGAGUUUUUCGGCAUCACAUUCAAGCUAGAGAACGCAACCGAUGCUGAGGAGGACGAAUCGGCCGGUGAUGAGCUUUCGGGUUCGAACAAAGUGGUGCUGACGUGUGUUGGCAUCGGAUACAAUAACUUUAGCCGACGUGUUAACUAAAUGGA